CCGUUCACGUAAAGUGUUCCUACCAGGCCGCGAUUGAUCAAUCACCGCCACCGUACUCGCGAUAAGUUGAUGAGUAAGAUGCGCCUCGAAAAUGCUGCAAGAGGGAGAUGAAACCCCGUGCGAGAUCGCGCUCGAUCCGAAGGGAGAUGAGCUUCAGAAGCUUAGUGUUAUACAAAGUCUACCAAGUCUUCUUGCCACUGAUUCGCAAUCAUGUAUGUCUCGAGUGGUACCUAAGAUGCAGCAGUCUUUGGCUACUGCAUCAACUGAGUUUCACAUAGCAGCGUCGUCCACAUUCAAAACAAUUUUAGAGCAGAAGCUUGUCAGCCAUAAUGUUUUUAGUCAGACAUUCCUUCAAAGUAUAUUAAAUUCCCUAGAGAGUCGUGACCCAGUUAUCUGUCAUGCAUGGUUGGAGACUUUACUGGAUGUGAUAGAAUUACUGCCGGUAGAAGUCAUAAGAGCACAGAUUCUUCCAUUGACUAUAAGUAAAGGGCAAUUGUCACAAUCGAUUUACUCCAGGAUAACAUGCAGCAGGUUAUUGGGGAAGAUUUGUACACGAUUCGAUUCUUCUAUGAUACAGAAGGAAGUUCUACCAACAGUGCACUCCCUUUGUCAGGAUGUAAGUAGCGAAGUACGAGCCAGUAUCUGUUUGCAGUUGCGUUUUGUUGCGGAAGGUCUAGGUGCUGAGUCUGUAAAAGCUGCUUUGCUACCUUCACUUGUAGAAUUAGCAAAUGAUGAAGAGAGCAGUGUAAGAUACGCCACUGUACAGACAAUAGUAUAUUUACUACCUCAUCUUCAGGAAGAUACAAUAAAAAAUAUAAUAGCCCCACUUGUUAAGAAGCUAUGUGAAAAUGCAGCUAAAUCGGAAGAUAAUGUGAUAUGUGUAAUAGCGCAAGAAUUUGGAAAACUUAUACUUGGCCUAGAAAAAUGUUUAUCAAUGCCAGAGAAAACAUGGUUCAUAAAAUAUUAUCAACAACUUGCACAAAUGGGAAUACCAUCGCUGAAAAAAGAGAAACCACUUUUCACGUUUAUUAGCAGCAAUCCUACACAAGAUGAAAGAUAUGUUGAAUGUAGAAAGCACUGUGCAUUUAAUUUGCCAGCAAUGUUUAUUUUUGUAUCAAACUCUCCACAAGAUGUAGAUGCGAUACUUAUAACAUUUGAUGCAUUGACAAGUGAUCAUUAUUAUAUGGUUCGGAAAACCGUUGCAUGUGGGAUUCAUGAGGUAGCAAAAGUUCUAGGAUCAAGAGGUGCACGAAUAAAAGGAAAUUUCAUAAAAUUGCUAAAAGAUGAUUCCGAGGAAGUGCUUCAAGAUUUAAUUCCUCAUUUAGGAUUAACGCUAGAAUGUUUGGCCGAAAGUCAAACUAUCGGAACAGAUAGAAUGGAUUCUUCUUUAAUGGAAAUAGGUAAAGCUCUUUUAAAAUGUGAGGCUGAAAUUGCAGGCACGCACAAUUGGAGAUUGGCAUCAUUAAUGCAUGCGCAGCUAGAGAUUUUACCCAAAUGUUUUUCUAGUGAUUUUAUAUAUUCAUACUUUGUUCCAAUGACUUUCUCCAGAAUUUUACAUGCGCGACCAAUACCGGUACGUCUUGCUGCAGGAACACUUUUUCUUCUUUUUCUACGAUACAAUACGAAAUCUAUACAAAGGGCAGAACUGCGUAGUAGAAUCUUUACAGAUUUAGCUAAUAAUCCUGAUUGUUACGUGAGAAUGAUGUUUGUUCGUAUGAUGGUCGAAGCGCUAGAAAUCUUUUCUUCUACAUAUUUUAAGGAAUAUUUUUUCAAUGUUUUAUUGAAUCUGGCUGAAGAUCCUGUAGCUAAUAUAAGAAUGAAAGUAGUAUCUUUAUUGCCACAACUUAAAAACCAAUUAUGGAUGCCUACCGACAAAAAAUUACUAACAUCAUUAGAGUCGGUUGUGAGACAUCUAGUAAACAAUGAAAAAGAUAGAGACGUACUAUUUAUUUUAAAAAACGUUACACAGAAGUUAGACAAAAUGGAUGUCAAAUGUGAAGGUCAAAGUUUAACAACAAAGCUUACCAGACAAGAUGUGGAGGACGCCAAAAAGUUAGAAGAAGAAAAGAAGUUGUCUAAUAUAGGUGCAGGAAAGGCAGCAAGUGGAAAUGUAAAGAAAGGUUGGACAAGAGCAGGAACUGAUGGUUCUACAAGAGGAUUAUCACAGCCAAAAGGUGAGCAUUUAAUGCAGAAUAAAGGAGCAAUGCAUGAAACAAAAUCGGUAUUAAUUAAAUAUGGAACUACAUCUUCACGCCAAGUAAUCGAAAGCUUAAAAACGAGAAUCCAACUAACACAACCUUGGGAGAAAGUGGGACAUUUCAACUCUCAUACUAAUACAUCGCAUUUUAAUUUUGUGAAUGGAUCAUCUAAUGAUUAUAUUACGCCUAAACCGCAAUGUAGCUGCUCCAAGUUAGCAGUCUUCCAAGCUCUCUUGACAUUGCCGGAUGCUUGUGAACAAGAGUAUGAAAGUGACUCCUAUUGCCAUUCGUAUUACGAUACUGACAACGAUCACUUGAUGUUUAGAAAACAAUCAGUCCAAGCGAACGAAUAUAGUCCUUCCACUUUUACCAAAUCUUUUUUCCUGUCGCUUGUAAAAGAAAAUAAGCAAGAGACGCAACAACAUCCUCCACUAACACGAGAUUAUUCACAUGAAUUUUCUACUAACAUUGGCGACAAGGAUAGAGCGCCGAAUUUCGCCGCUUUAAGAGCAUUAACAAACGCAGCUCAUUAUAAUUCUUGUUGGGCUUUUAGCUCCAUGCCGGAAAUAUCCGUGAUGCAGUCAGAUGAAUUCUUGGUAGACGCUGGUAUCAGGAUGCCCACCUCCGAAUUCUCCGUUUCUCAAAGUUCAUCAAAAAUUCCGCAUUUACAAGAUUUUAUUGCCGCAAGGAGGCAAGUAAAUACUACGAUUCGGUCUAGACGAAGCAGCAUGAGUUUUGAUAAGGGGAAGUUUAAGAGACAUUCCUCUGUCGAAGAUUCCUCGUAUGAAGAUUGUAUGAAACGUAGGAGCGAGAGUGACUCGUCGAGGAUUACUUCAAUUUCAAUAGAUUAUGAAGAGGGCUUGCGACAACGUAACAUGAUGAAGGAAAACUUGAGUGAUCAACACUUGUCUAAAACUGAUGUGAGGACUAAAAGAUAUUCCGCUCCGCAUGGAAGAACUAGAUUCGGGUGGGACGCUAACCAAGAGAGAUCUCUAGAUGAGAAAUAUAAGAGAAAUUCUUUGAUACUGGAUAAAGACAAGUUAAAGUUCACUAACUCUAAAUGCACGCUUGAUCGAACUAAACGUCAUUCCACGAAUUUUAGUUUGAAGCUUACGGAUACUAAGGAAACAAAGCAGCAAAUCGUGAAACGUCACAGUUUGGAGGAUCCUACAGUACGUCGUACUAUAAAAGGAUAUUUCUCAACAUUAGACGUGAAUCAUAAUCAGGGUCUUAGCAAAAUUCCCUUGAGAAACGUUGAAUCUCGUAGCAGAACCGCACCUGCCACCAGAGCAUCUAGCCCUGUACACGUAGAAUCGCGAUUAAGAUUUAAUAUUGAGAACUGUGAUGAUUCUCGAAGUUCUGCUAAUGACAGACACUUGAAUAGAUUUAGUUCAAGUGACGAAGAGGUCGACAAAUUAUGUAGGAUGUUAUUACAUUCUCAAACGGCACAAAGUAGUACAGGAAUAACACCAAGAAAUAGGGAGAGAUAUCCUGUUCACUUGUUAAUGAAAAAAUUAUAAAAUGUUUAAUUCUGUUACGUUUCACAUACUUUCUACAAUUCUUCCACAACUGCAUUUAGCGAUUAUAAAAAAUGAGCUUUAUGCAUAGUUGCAUGCGAUGUAUGCAACUAUAAAUUUAAUUAAGAGGUCUAAAUGAGAGGUCUAAGCCGAUAGAAGACUACGUAACAUGUUCUUUCAAGUGUCUUUGUUUAAGUAAAGCUUGUGAUGUAGUGUACAAAAAAAA